GUGCAUUGUGGGGGGUGUAGUUCGACUCCGGAGCGUAAGGAGGUGCUGCGCCAAAGGGAGUUGUGGGCUGAUGGAAUCUUAUGUACUAUGAAGGAAGGAACAAAGGUCCUUAAAGUAAGACAACCUGUUUCUGGUCACGGCUAGUCAUUGAUUGUGACUUAUAUAACGGUUUUCCAGUCCUGUGCUUUCCUGUCACACACCCUACCUCUAAACACGUCAACAACAAUCAGGUUAUCGAACCUCUGAACUAACUGCAGUUGACCAGGAAAGACUUGCAACAACCUGAUUCCCAGGCUGGCUUCAGAGGAUGCAUAAAUCUUCAUGAUUCAGGAGGUCAGUAAUCCCCAAUGUGAAGCUCACUGAUGUGUGAAGGUACUUUAAAGAAAAGUCAUAGUUCAAGAGCUAAAAAAUCACUGCUAUGAAGUGUGAAGAAGAGAAGAUCAGAAGGGACCUACAGUCUGCUGAAGGAUAACUAUUUGAAGAUUAGUAGUGAGCAAGUCUCCUAAUCAAGGAUUUUAAAUCUAAUAAAAGGAACUUCAUUGGUUGAAUUACAAUAGCAGAUAAGAGUGUAAAAAAUGGCAAUUUUUAAACCUGUGCCUGUCAACUACGUAACUAACAAAAAUGCCUACAGUUGAACCUAAGGAAUACAUACUUGCUAAUUAUACUGGAUCAUGAAACCCAGAGUUUUCCUAAUUAAUUCAAAUAAACUAGCAUUUCCAAAGCACCUACGAUAUGUAAGGUACUGUGCUAAUGACUGUGGAAAAUUUUUACACAUUAUAACAACAACAGCACAAGAUAUAUUCCCAGUUUCUGGAGGACUUUUUAAACUUAUUGAACAAAACAAUAUUAAUUAUGCAUGAACCAAAAGAGCCAAAUAAGUGUAAAGUAUCUCAUACCCUAAUUGGAAUCAUUAUGUUUGCUGCAGAUGUGGAUGUGUAUGAUUUAGGGAAUUAUUAAUUCACUCUUUCUGCAGUGAAAGACUAUUUUCCUCGCUUCGAUGUAAAUAAAAGGAGGAUCUUUGUCACCAUCACCUUUAAAAAUCUAAAAGAAAGUAUCUUGUAUGUGUAACAGAAAGAUCAAAAGGAUUGUCAGUGUCAGAAAAGCGAAGGAUAUGUUUAAAGUAGGUAGGGGAAAAACAGUUAAUGUGUUUUUUUAAUAUCUGGAUUUAGAGAAAAAAACAAUAUCUUCAAGACAGAAGUCAAAAAGCACCCCAGUCUCCUGGGCAAAUGCAAAUAAAGAAAACCACAACCACAACCACCAAACACCAAUCAGGGUGGUGUUCCUUGUAGGCCCUUUCUGAGGAUUGGUAGAAACUGCAUUUUUUUCAUCUCUGUUUUUAUGCUUGUUCCAAGAUCUUUUAAGGGGUGGGGUGGUGUGGGCGGUGGGGAAGAGGCAGCCAGUAGAUAAAAGAAGCCACCUGAGAUUUUGAAAAUGUAUACAAAAACUUCCUAGAUAAAGAAAUACCAGAUUUGGCAGCCAAUCUUUAGCAAUGGACCCAGAAGCAACUUCGGUUUAUUUGGAUUAUUUCUACGCUACCAGCAAAAAUCCUGAUCUUGAGGACACCCGCUCCCAUGUUUCUUAUAUGUCGAUCUUCCUUCCAGUCUUUUACACAGCUGUGUUCCUGACUGGAGUGUUGGGGAACCUCAUCCUCAUUAGCGCCUUGCAUUUCAAACAGGGCAGCCGAAGACUGAUUGACAUCUUCAUCAUCAACCUGGCUGUGUCUGACUUCAUUUUUCUUGUCACAUUGCCUCUCUGGGUGGAUAAAGAAGCUUCUCUAGGACUGUGGAGGACAGGCUCCUUCCUGUGCAAAGGCAGCUCCUACAUGAUCUCAGUCAACAUGCACUGCAGUGUCUUCUUGCUCACCUGCAUGAGUGUUGACCGCUACCUGGCCAUCAUGUGUCCAGCCAUAUCCAGGAAAUUCAGGAGGAGAGACUGUGCAUAUGGAGUCUGUGCCAGCGUCUGGUUUAUCUCCUGCCUGUUGGGUUUGCCUACUCUUCUGUCCAGAGAACUCACCCUGAUUGAUGAUAAGCCAUACUGUGCAGAGAAGAGGGCUACAUCCACGAAACUGACUUGGGCCCUGGUGGCCUUAAUUUUUACCUUCUUCGUCCCUUUGGUGAGCAUCGUGACCUGCUACUGUUGCAUAACAAGGAAGCUGUGUGCGCAUUACCAACAGGCGGGAAAACAUAGCAGAAAGCUGCGGAAAUCCAUAAAGAUCAUCUUUAUUGUCGUGGCAGCCUUUGUCUUCUCCUGGCUGCCCUUCAAUACUUUCAAGCUCCUGGCCAUUGUCUCUGGGCUGCAACAAGAAGUCUACUUUUCAUCAGCUUUUCUCCAGCUGGGCAUGGAGGUGAGUGGGCCUCUGGCAUUUGCCAACAGCUGCAUCAACCCUUUCAUUUACUAUAUCUUUGACAGCUACAUCCGCCGGGCCAUCGUGCACUGCUUGUGCCCUUGCGUGAAGAACUAUGACUUUGGGAGCAGCACAGAGACAUCAGAUAGUCACCUCACUAAGGUUUUCUCCAACUUCAUUCAUGCAGAGGAUUUUGCCAGAAGAAGGAAGAGGUCUGUAUCACUCUAAAACGGACUGUGACAUUUCAAUCUCUGUUCAUAGACUGGAGAGUUAAUUGGUGUCAGCAACAAAGAAAGAGGAAAAGUAUUGCUGAUACCAUUCAUAGUGCUUCAUAAAUACAAGAAGAGUUUAUUUUUAAAGAGAUGACUGAAAAGUCCCUGUGUUCAUGGGUAUGAUUGUGUCAUACGCUGGUUUGGGGGUUUGGGUUUUUUGUUUUUGCUUUAAUUUUUCUUUUUGUUUUGGCUGAGUGGACCUCUUUGACUGUUGCCAAUCAAGUUCACAAGGCAAAAUACAACUCCUAUGGUCCUUGAACUCUGACAGAAAGGUUCUGCUUGGAUCAGUUCCUUUCUUCAUGAUUGCUUAUGUACGUUCAGGACUUUUCCUCUCUCAAGAACCGUGGUGCCUUGAUCCACACCACCCUUCAUAUUGGGCUCCAAUCUGAAUGAUUCUGCCCACUUUCAUCUAGUGAGAAAAGUGGUAACAAUGCAGGUAGCAAAACUUAUACCUGUGCCCUGAAAUUAAUUGUUACUGAGUAAUAAAUUAAGAGUCUAGCCUUAAUCUUUACAAGUUUGUUAUAGUGAUUCUUCACUGUUUUCCAAUGUUAUCUUUCACCUUUUGCCAUUCACAAUAACUUAGGACUGGCAAAAAACUCGUGGGGGUAAAUCAUUCUGUAUUGUGUUUAUGAAUCAGGACUUAUUUUAUCACAUGCUCUUUAGAAUAUCUUAACAAGGGAGCAUCAGGCAAAGUUUGACCUUUGUUUUCCUUGUAAGGUAUAUUGGUAAAAAUAUAUCUCAUUAUGAUAGAACAGUAACUAUUUUUCAAUAGAGUUCUACUAUGUUCUUUGUUUUCAUUGACUUCAUAAAUUAGGAUAUGACUGCUUUAAUUACAUAUUUUUAAUUACUCAGUUAUUUAGUUAUCAAAUGAAAAUGUUACUGCUAAUAUAAUUGGAGAUCAUCAAAUGCUUAGCUACAGCAUCAUGUGGAUUAUCGUUUUGUCUUUUUUUUUUUUAAUUUUUUUUAUUUUUUUCAGCAUAACAGUAUUCAUUAUUUUUGCACCACACCCAGUGCUCCAUGCAAUCCAUGCCCUCUACAAU